AUGCGCAGGAUGUUUUCAUCUCUCUAUCCAUAUCACACGAUUGAAAAAUCCAAAGCACAAAAACUCAUCGAUUUUCCUUUACAAUUUUACUCAGAAAAUUUUCCAAAAAAAGAGCAAGAACCAAUUCCAUCAAUAAGCUAUAAUGAUGAAAUUGCAGAAACCUUAGAAGGCGCAACCUAUGGCUGUGGAACAUUUCUAUCCCUUUUAGCAGAAGAGAAUUUUAAAGAUCUAGAAGACCUUGUUGAGUGAAACAUGUUUAAAGCUCUUGAAAAAUCAAUUAAAUCCUACAAAGAUCAAGGAUAUACAAUUACCUCAAUUGGUAGCACAGAAAAUUCUAAAGCAGAAAUCCUUGACUUUAAUAUGUAUGUUGGCUGUUUACUUCCUUAUCGAAAUCUUAACUUAGAAGUCAGCCAAUACGAGAUUUUUAGUGAAGAGAAUAAAGAACCGCUUCCUAAAGUCCACGAAUAUAAGAUAAAAACAGAAGAAGAUUGAAGUUAUAGUGAUCUACCAGACUUUUUAGAGUUUGAAUCUUUAAACUUAAAAGAGAUAAGCAGAGGCGGCAACAUUGAACUAUAUAAACGCCGGAUAGAAAGGCUAGGCCGACUUUUAAAUUUUAACCCAAUUACUAUGCAUGUAAUAGACAUAGGCUAUACAAGCACUUUUAAGCUACUUGUGAAAGAUAAAGAAGGGAAAAUAAUAGAAGGUACAAAUGAUGAAAAUAAACAAGAGUUUCACUCGUUUAGAAUGGAAUCGGUAAUUUAUGAAGAAAAUUUGUUUGAAAAGCUCUUUGAUCCUAGUCAUUCUUUGCAAAAUUUUUUAAAUGAAAAGUUUCCAGGGCUUUUGAAUCAAUUCACUAUCAGUGAUGUUGAUGGCUUGAUGAAUGGAAACCCAUUUACUACUUAA